AUGGCUUUGAUCGAGGGCGUGGGCGAUGAGGUGACGCUCCUGCUGGUUGCGCUGACGGCGGCGGCCGUGUUGCUGCUGGCGUGGGCCUCCACCUGCACCUCGGAGCCACCGCACCCGCUCCAGCCCGCCUCUCCUCGGGCCGCCUCUCCUCCAGACCAGCCCCCCGCCUCCACCACGGAAGGGCCGGCGCCUGACGGCGACUUCCAGAGGAACAUGGUACUCAGACUCAAGUUCCUUAAUGACACGGAGAGAACGGCGCACGUCAAGCCCCAGGACACCAUCGGCUACAUCAAGAGGACCUACUUUGCGGGCCAGGAGGGACACGUACGUCUCAUCUACCAAGGUCAACUGCUGCAGGACGACGGUGCCACGCUGGAGACGCUCCACCUGGCGCACAACUGCGUGCUGCACUGUCAUGUCUCCUCGCAGCGCACGGCAGCGGUGCCGGUUCCGCCCGAGGGAGCAGUAGGGACGGGUAUUGCGCGGGUCCGGGCAACACUGAAUGGCGGCGGCCUGAUGGUGCCGCUGCUGGGGCUGGGGCUGGCCGUGCUGUGGUAUUGCCAGAUCCAGUACCGCCACCUUUUCACGGCGCCGGCGUCCGCCUUGCUGCUGGGCCUCACCGUCUUCCUCAGCCUGCUGGCCUUUGGCGCGUACCGCCACUAGACACUGGCGCUCUUUCCGGACCGCGUCCUCAUCUUCUUUGUGCCUCUUCCAUGUCGGUUUCCGCCACCAGAUGGCCGCCCGUCUGGAUGUUGACGAAAGAAAUUCUAUUAAAUCAUUUAUUUACACUCUA